AUGGAUAAUACUGAAGAACGCAAAAAACAUUUACCCGAAAUUCGGGAAAGAUCAAGACAAACAUACUUAAAAGACAGAGCAACAAAACAAAUGCAUUUGUUAGAAUUAGAUGUGAUUGAUGAAGAUCUUUUAUUUAAAGAUGAAAAACUCACUAAAAAAGAGAAAAAGGAACUUGAGUUUAAGAGAGAAACUUUAAGGCUUACUAGAGAAAGACUUAAUUUAUCAAUAAAGACUGAUGAAUAUCAUAUGCCAGAAGAUUAUAUAACAGAAAAAGGAAAGAUUGACAAAAAAAAGAAAGAUACAGUAUUAUAUCAACGUUAUGAAGAAGAUAGAGAUCAAAAAGGAUUUGUUAAUGAACAAGAAGUAUGGGAAAAGAAUCAAAUUGUGAAAUCACAAUUAAAUGUUGGAGCACAGGACAGACUAAAGGGAGAAGAUUAUGAGUUCGUUUUUGAAGAACCAUUGAUUGAUUUUCUAGAUUGGGAUUGGAAAGCAAAUGAUAAAGAUGAAGCACUUCUUGCAAGGAUUGAAGAAGCAGAGAAAAAAUUAAAAAACAUCGAGGAAGUUCGUAAAUCAUUACCAAUAUAUACUUAUCGUGAUGAUUUAUUAAAAGCUAUUGAAGAUCACCAAGUUUUGGUGGUCAUCGGAGAAACUGGUUCAGGGAAAACCACCCAACUUCCACAGUAUCUUUAUGAAGCAGGUUAUACGAAAGAUGAUAAAAAAAUUGGAUGUACACAACCAAGAAGAGUAGCAGCUAUGAGUGUUGCCGCUCGUGUGGCCGAAGAAAUGAACGUUAAACUUGGAUUCGAGGACAUUUCUCGAGUCAGAACUGAUCUUAGACUUAUAAUAUCUAGCGCAACAUUAAAUGCUCAAAAAUUUGCUGCCUAUUUUGAUGAUGCACCAAUUUUUAGGAUUCCAGGUAAACCUUACCCAGUUCAAAUUUGUCAUACAAAAGCUCCAGAAGCAAAUUACAUUUCUGCAGCAAUAGCUACCGUUAUGCAAAUACAUAUUUCACAAAAUACAGGAGACAUAUUAGUCUUUCUUACAGGUCAAGAAGAAAUUGAGACUGUUCAAGAAAGUUUACAACAAACAUGUAGAGUUCUUGGCAGUAAAGUAAAAGAAUUAAUAAUAUGUCCAAUUUAUUCCAAUCUUCCACCUGAUAUGCAAGCUAAAAUAUUUGAGGCAACACCACCUGGUGCUCGAAAAUGCUCAAGGGCUUCGGCAAACCAAAGAGCUGGCAGAGCAGGACGUUUUGAAUUUAUGGAUCCACCUCAUGAACAAGGAAUGAUUUCAGCACUUAAUGAUUUGUAUGCACUUGGUGCACUAAACAACGAUGGUGAAUUAACAAAAUUGGGUAGACGUAUGGCCGAGUUUCCUAUAGAUCCUUUAUUAUCUAAAACAAUUAUAACAUCUGAGAAAUUUCAUUGCUCAGAAGAGGAUAAAAAAUUUUACGCUGAUAAGGCUCAUCAAAAUUUCAUUAAACCUGGUGGAGAUCAUCUCAUGUUACUAAAUAUUUGGGAACAAUGGGCAGAAACAAAUUAUUCUAUGGGUUGGUGUUAUGAAAAUUUUAUAGUAUAUCGAUCCAUGAAUCGAGCAAGAGAUGUUCGUGAUCAACUAGUGAAAUUAUGUGAUCGUACUGAAGUUGAAUUAAAAUCAAAUCCUGAUCCUGGUGACAUAAUUCCAAUACAAAAGUCAAUAGUUUCUGGAUUUUUCAUGAAUGCUGCAAGGUUGACAAUGUUUAGUGAUUCAUAUCACAAAUUAAAAUUUGGAGAUCCAAGUCGCGUUGUUCAUAUACAUCCCAGCAGUUCAUUAUUUGAAGAAAAACCAAAAUUUGUAUUAUAUUUUGAGUUAGUACUUACGAGUAAAGAAUAUAUGCGCCAAGUUAUGGAAAUAAAACCUGACGGCACCUCAUUAUUAUUCAAAAGAGGAUAUUGGCGAAAAGAAGAAAAUGCCAAAAAACAAUAA